AUGGCGUCCUCAAACUGGUUGCUCUACGGAGCACUGAUCACUGGUCUCGUCCUUUUUCAUCUCAUCAGGUUGACAUUUCGAGCUGGCCUCCGGACUAUACCUGGACCAUGGCUCGCUAGAUACACGGGCCUGUAUCGACUAAGUCUCGUUUACCAAGGCGAUUCCCCUCGGCAGUAUCAACUGUUGCACGAAAAGUAUGGCCCUAUUGUGCGCACAGGAUCAAACCACGUCUCUGUCUCGGAUCCCGCCAUGAUACCCGUUAUAUACGGCAUAGGAAAGAACUUUCAAAAGGUCAAGACGCCCUUCUACACAACAAUGUCGUUGAUGUACCAAGGGCGACGAAUGGACAGCAUGUUCACGGAACGGAACCCUAACGUUCACAAGGCCUUGAAAAGCUCAGUGGCGCAGAUAUUCUCCAUGACAAAUAUGCGUAAUUUCGAGGUGUAUGCCGACGAAUGUAGCGCCAUCUUCUUGGAUGCGAUGCGCGAUCUCGAAGGGCAGAGGUUAGACCUGGCACACUGGCUACAAUGGUACGCCUUUGAUGUUAUCGGGAGCCUCACGUUUCAACGACGAUUUGGGUUUUUGGAGCGGAGGCAUGAUGUCGACGAAAUGAUCAGCAAGAUCAACCACGGCCUCGAGCUUGUCAAGAUCGUUGGGCAAUCCGAGUGGCUGGUUGCACUGUUCGACAAAUUAUAUGCUAAUUCCUGGAUAAGAGAAAACUACUGGCCUGACACCAUGGAUAAGUUCUUGAAGAUUACCGAGAAAGAACUGGAUAAAUACGAUCAAAGUCCAAAAGAACCGUCCAGGACCGACUUUCUGUCCCAGCUUAGAGAAAAGCAAGACAAAACCGGCAAGAUCACCCACAGAGACAUGAUAAAUCAUCUCUCGAACAAUCUUCUAGCUGGGAGUGACACCACAGGUAUAUCCCUGCGUGCCGUAGUCUAUUUCGUCAUAAAGACUCCGCAGGUCUACGAGAGACUACAAAAGAAAAUUGACGAGGCUGACCAGGCCGGUCAUCUCUCAGAGUACGUGACAUAUCAAGAGUCGUUGAAACUGCCAUACUUUCAAGCUACAUUGAAGGAGGCCAUGCGAAUGCACUCUGCUGUAGGAUUCCCCUUGGAGAGAUAUGUACCUGACAAAGGUGCACAAGUCUGUGGCCACAGUCUUCCAGCUGGCACUAACAUCAGCACUUCCGCGCCAUUGAUGCAUAUGAACAAGGGCGUCUUUGGUCAUGACGCACGGGUCUUCCGACCUGAGAGAUGGCUGGAGGCUUCGCCAGAGCAGCUAAGUCUCAUGGAUCGCACCUUUAUUGCGUUUGGACACGGUCCUCGCACUUGCAUCGGUAAAAAUAUAUCCCUUAUGGAGAUGGGUAAGUUGAUCCCACAGCUCUUCCGGCAUUUCGAUAUUGGGUGGGCUUCAGAGCAGUUAGAGUGGCAUACACAUGCUGCCUAG